ACUCAGUUUGGGUUGAGUCAAAGAUGGCUGUUCCCUUAACGCGUUUUUCUUGGAGCGUUUUGAAAAAAAAUCAGUUACAGUAUAAACAAUUAUUAGCACUUUCAUAUCCAGCUCAAUUUACGUAUUCGUACAGGCAUUCUUUUUCACAAGAGAAGAAUUUUCAAACUUUUGACAAUACCGCUAGAAAUGUCUUGCUCUGUACCGUUUUCUUCUCCGGUUUUGGUUAUAUUUUGUAUAAAUGGAAAGACAAUUGUCAGAACCGAGUUAGCAGCUGGAUGAAUUCUAUGUUUACAAUACAUGCUAAAUCAGUUGCCUGGGAUGGAAGUAAUAACCGGAAUAAAUACAAUUUCAUAGCUGAUGUAGUAGAGAUCUCAGCUCCUUCGGUAGUUCACAUUGAAAUUCAGAAUAGUAAAACGUUUGAUAUUCCUACAGGGAAACCGUUCAAAAUAAGUAAUGGAUCCGGUUUCAUUGUUAAAUCUGAUGGAUUAAUAUUAACAAAUGCUCAUGUUGUAACUAAUAAGCCUAAUACCACUGUUAAGGUAAGGCUUCAUGAUGGAAGUAAUUAUGUUGGUGUGGUAGAGGACAUUGAUAUGCACUGUGAUCUUGCAACUGUGCGAAUUAAUCAGACUAAUUUGCCAGCAAUGAAGCUUGGCAGUUCCCAAAGUCUUAGGCCAGGAGAAUUUGUAGUUGCCAUUGGAUCACCAUUAACUUUAAGCAACACAAUAACAAGCGGAGUAAUAAGUAGUGUACACAGAGAUAGUAAAGAACUUGGCCUGUAUAACAAGCACAUGGGUUAUGUUCAAACAGAUGCUGCAAUCACUUUUGGUAACUCAGGUGGUCCAUUAGUUAAUUUGGACGGUGAAGCAAUUGGGGUAAAUGCAAUGAAAGUAACAUCCGGUAUUUCCUUUGCAAUACCUAUUGAUUAUGCUAAGGAAUUCUUAAAGAAAGCUGAUAUGCGCAGAAGCAAAUCAGGUAUAAAAACCAUGGCAGAAGAAUACAAGGCGAAAUAUAUUGGAGUCACGCUACUUACUCUAACACCCGAUCUGUUUUACGAAUUGCAAAAGAAAUUAAAAGGAAUUCCAGACAACAUCAGACACGGGGUACUUAUUUACAAAGUAAUCGUGGGAUCACCGGCUCAUCUGGGAGGUUUACAACCAGGUGAUAUUGUUACUCACGUGAACGAGGAACCAGUGAUGACUUCCGCCAGCAUCUACAAGGCGAUAGAAACGUCCAAAGUCUUGAGAUUGAUAGUGAUCAGAGGAUAUCAAGUGUUACAUCUGAGAAUCGAGCCAGAAGAACUGUAAAUCACCACGCUGUAACCUUGCCGGCAUUGAAAUUCAAAGUUCAAAACACCAUUGACACUAUUUACAUUUUUGUAGACAAAUUUUCUGCUAAGUUUAACGCGUAGGAAUAAAGUGUCUUAAUCUCACGCAACACAAGUACGCGUUAUUGAACAAUGACGGUUGAUGUUUCAAAUGUUCUUGCGUAUGAAUAACUUAACGACGAACGAAAAACUCAGCACUAUCCGAGAAGAUUUAUUUCGAUCGUUGGACUUAUCGAAGGACCGAUUAUCCCGUCCGGUUUUUCUUUGCUUUUUCCCACCGUCCUGAAGACUAAUGUUAGACGGGCCCCUUGUUACGAUAGGGAACCUACCGAACACGUGUGCGUGCGUGUGUACGUCGGGUGUGGUCCACCGGCUCGACUGUAUUAUGUUUAUGUUUACGACGCGAGGCGACCUCCGCAAAUAUGUGGCCGGAUCUCAGGGAGCGUAGGUGUGGUUCACGAGACUUCCAGUAUCUCUUUUAUUUUUUUAAAAGUAUUUUACUGUCCGUAAACCCGUGCAUCUUGCUGGAAUCCUGGUCUACGUUUACACCGGUGCAGUAAGCUGCACGUUGCACGAAUACGAGGCAUUCUGACAUUAACAGCCGCAACAAUGAGAAUAAAAAGUUUGUUAUUGAGUUUCGUUAAGUAGGCGUUAGCUGAAGCUAAAACGGUUAUUGUAAAAAUUCAGAGGCGAAGACGCGAAGAUUACGACGGUGUGAACGUACCUUCAGAAAUAUUUUCAAGGGGACCAUAAUACCUCGUUGCACCUUGAGAUCCAUGAAAUAAGACGGUUCGACGAUCCUUUCUGUAGGUACUUCGGACAGAGAGCUCUGGACUUAACUCGCGUCAACGAUAAAUUGUAAUUAAUCUCUUUUAAUAAGGAGAGAUCGAAGUUGUUAAAUUAUUGUAAAAGAUAAUAAUUUUUGCAGUCAUUCGAAUAAAUAUAGCUUGAAAAUCAA